AAGAAGGAGGAGAACCUGCCAAGCCUGACUAGGAAAACAAGCACUCUGCUGAAGUUUGUUUCCCGCCACCGGAAAUCGACCAUGUCCCGCACGCUACAGUGUCGUACCGCGUGGGUUGCGCUCCUGCUCUCUCUGACGCGAGCAGCGCAGCCACCCAACAUCGUGAUGAUCCUCGCUGAUGAUCUGGGCUGGCACGACGUGAGUUACCAUGGUUCGGACCAGAUCCCGACGCCCAACAUCGACGUGCUCGCCAUGGACGGCGUGGUGCUGGCCAACAACUACGUCCAGCCCCUCUGCACCCCGUCUCGCGCUGCUCUGCUCACGGGCUACUACCCCAUACACACCGGGACGCAGCAUUCAAGUUUUCGCAGCGCGCAACCUGUCGGACUAGACCCCGACUUAAAGCUGUUGCCAGAGUACCUCAAGGACUUAGGCUACUCAACCCACAUGGUUGGCAAGUGGCACCUGGGAUUCAGCAAGGAUGAAUACAAGCCGACAAACCGUGGCUUCGACACAUUCUAUGGAAUUUACAACGGCGAAGUCGAUUAUUGGACCCACUUCAGCAGAGAUCCGUCGCUGGAUAUAUCCGGGCAUGCGCUGAAGUCGAAUAAGAGACCGCUGCUCGGAGAAAUGGGACGAUAUCUCACCGCUCUCUUCGUCAAAGAAGCGAUUGAAAUUAUCGGAAGCCAGAAUAGCAAUAAGCCUUUCUUCCUGUAUUUCGCCCCGACGGCCGUCCACUGCGGCGGCUUGAACGAUUCACUCCAGGCGCCCAAGGAGUACGUGGCCAAGUACGCCUACCUCGGCGACUACGACAGGCAGAUUUUCGCCGGAAGCUUGGCUGAGCUGGACAACGCGGUUGGUGCCAUCGUGGAGGCCCUCUACAAGGCCGGCCUGCUGAACAACACGGUGAUUGGCUUCUCAACCGACAAUGGCGGUGCGCCCGUCGGCUUCUCGCGCAACACGUCGCCCAAUUGGCCUCUGCGCGGCUCCAAGGGCACCGUGGCCGAAGGCGGCGUGCGAGGUCCGGGCUUCCUCUGGACGCCGCGUCUGGCCACACGGGCCAAGGCCACUAGACAGCUCUUCCACAUCACCGACUGGCUGCCCACAUUUUACGCAGCAGCCGGAGGCAAUAUGAAGAACGUGCCCCAGAUCGAUGGCGUGAACCAGUGGCAGUCGCUGACACUUGGAGCACCGUGGCCUCGUAAGGAGGUGCUCUACAACAUCGACCCCGUGUGGGGUCAGUCGGCCAUACGCGGCGAGCGCUUCAAGAUCAUGGAGGACCGCAAUAACACAGUGUACCCCAACUAUGAGUGGUACGACCCAGUCGGCGCCGUGGCUCCCGACCACUGGAACACGCUUCACGAAGCGAGGCAGGCUUGCCUCGCCGCUCAGGUGCUGUCAUGCUUCCACGGCAAGACCUUAGAGACACCUAAGGAGCUGCCGGAUGCUGUGUUGACUGAUAUUACGAUACAGGGAGGACAAUACUGUCACCCAUCCAUGGGACCCUGCAUGUACGACCUCGAGAACGAUCCGUGGGAAAGGGUCAACAUUUAUCGCCCUGAUCAUCCCGAAUACAUGAAACUGCGGGGACGACUCGACGAACUAAAGCUAACGAUGAAGAGCCCACUCGUCGGCUUGCCGGAUCCCAGGGCUGACCCUCUGCGCCGAGACGGUAUCUGGGAAUCGUGGCAAGACUGAGGGCGCCGCCGUCCCUGAGGAACCAGGCGCUGGAGCAACGCUCGCAAGGACUGACAAGCUCAUCAGUGGCGCAAGUCCGAAUGUGUGACCUUUGUCGUGGCUUACCUCGUGGGACGGAGCAUCUUCUCUCGCGAAACGACUUGUCUCUUUCGUGCUUUUCUGUCAUGUGCGUUUCGGUAUUUAUAUGUCUCGAUUGUCUCAUUGCCGGCUUGUUUCGAUCCCCGCCAUUGCAUUCGGGCUGCACCGACACAGCGCUGCAGCACUGAUUGGUGGCCCGUGCGCCCGAUGAGGUAGGAUGCGGGUAAUCCUUUCGAUAAGGCACUUGCCUCUGCUGCUGCUUUCACUUGUUUCAGCGCGGCUACAGCGUGAACACUGUGAUUGUAUCGUAACCCGCUGGCUGAUAAACACGUCUUCGCGCUAGUCCUGAAAGCACGGGACGCUAUACUUGCGAACGCUAAGACUGUUUAUAGCUACUGCUCGUUAAUUUGUCCUAAUGUUAGGUACGCAGCAAAGGUACGCUAGUGAAAAAAGUUGGGGAGGGGCGAAG